AUGCUCGUAUCCGGGGGCGUCCGAUGGAGAGGCCACAAACUGAAGGGCAGCUUACACAGCUGGGGAGGACAAUUGCACAGACACAUCAGUGACAACAUAACCAAAGAAGUAAUAACGCACAGUUAUGAUAGGAAAAAAUAUGAACAGAACGUGCAAAUGUACGACACGUGCAAAAGCUAUGUGGACUCGAAACAGAAGAUCUUUUACGAUUACGUUAAGGCGGAAAGACCCAUGCUGCUACCCACCAUAAGAGGGGGGCAGUAUUCUCCCCCUCGAAAGAAGAACAAUGAUGAUGAGGUGGAACUGGCUGGUUGCACAGAAAGGGGAGGCAACAACGACCAAACGGAACGGUACAACUACCCAACGGAACGGAACAUCAACCCAACGGAACGGAACAUCGACCCAACGGGGAGUGAACAGGUAAAGGUAAAAUAUCUGUGUGAGUAUAAAAAGUGGAGUAAGCUCAUAAGCAAAAGGGGAAGCAAUCGUGCGGUCAAGGAUGAAGCAGAAGGGGAGAUCCCUAUGCUUGCCGCGAACAAAGAAGCGGAAAAGGCGGAGGAAAAGCACCCACAUAAGACAGCCCCAAAAUUUAGCGACGAAAAGAAGAACCACAUCAGUAAUGACCUAAUGCACAUAAGUAUCGACAACAGUAAGUUCUUCUGCCCAAAUAAGAAGACGGAAGGAUCCCUUGAAAUGAAGAUAACCCAGUACUGCUGGCAGGAAGGGCUAUGCAGCUCCAGAUUUGCAUUCAACAAUUUAAGGAGAGGCAUUAUCCAAGUCAAUAAUCAGGUAGUCUUUGAAAAUGUUGUCAUCUCCCCGGGGAAGGACAAAGUGGAGUUAACCAAAGUAGGCAAACAUCUCCUCAGGAACAAAAACAUAACCAUCAUUUUGAAUAAGCCAAAAUAUUACCUCUCCAUUUUGAACGAUCACAAGACAGACAAAAAACUGCUCGCAAGAAAUUUAAUAAGAAAUGAAAAUAAGUUCAUUGAGGAGGAACACAAAUGUAUGAGUUAUUUUAUCAACAAAAAUGUGAACAUUGAGAAGGUCAAUAAGUUAUAUGUGUGUGGAAGGUUGGACGCCAAUUCCACAGGCCUGCUGGUUUUUACGCAGAAUACGCUCAUCUCAAGUUAUCUGCUAAACAAGCACAAAUACCAAGUGGAGAAGGAAUACAUUAUCAGGACAGCCGACCCGAUAGGAGAAGAUCAUAUGGAACUCUUACGAAGAAAUGCCCUUGUUGAUGGUAAGCUGAUAUAUAAAUGCCGCAUACAGUAUGUGGACUGCUUUACGCUGUCCUUUACACUUUACCAGGGCUUCCACAAAAUUAUUAGGAAACUGUGCCUCCUUUCAAACAUCAAAAUUAGGGCCCUGCACAGGGUCAGGAUAGGCGGCAUUCACCUGAAAGGUACAAACGUAAAGAAGAAGUACACGUUUGUAGAGGGGGCACCGUUUAUUCUCACACACCCUCAUCCAAAAGGACGUCCUACCAAUGUGAUCAUGUUCAACGUAUACACUCGAGGAUUCUCCAAGAAGGCCGGUUGGUCGUGGAUAAAAAACAGGAGGGGAAGGAAAAAAAUAAUUUCAUUUGAAUACCCACCGAAGGAAAGAAGCAGCAUCGUGAAGCUGACAGACCAAAGUGACAAACUAGUGUUCGUAUGUAACGGGAAAUUAAGGGACACCUUCAUGACAACGGUGAAAAGUAUGAAAGAAACAAAAUGUGUCGUGAAGAACGACACCAUUUGGACACCCUGUUUGGUUGUGUCAAAGGCCAAGUGUCACACCCUACUGGAGAGCUUCACCUACGAUGAGAUUCUGCACUUGGAAAAAUUAGCACCCCGUAUUUUGCAAGCGUUUGAAGAGGCACAAGGUAGAUUACAUCAAGAUGAACAGAACAGAGUGCUCAGUAAGCACGAAGCAGUGAAGUUUAGAUUGCUGGAGUAG